UGUCAUCUCUUAUUACUACUUCUCCGCCAAUCCUGCUACCAUCCCAAAACCCUAGCAAUCGAUCCCCGGCGCAGCGACGGGCGAGGCGAUCGGCGAUGGACGAGAUCCGCCUCCGCCAAGAGAAGGUCGAGAAGUUCGAGGGGUUCGUUGACCGCCGCCUCAAGCCCGAUCUCGUCAACGCCAUCGCCCAACGGGAUAAGGUGCUUCAGCAGCAAAAGGUCUUCUCCGAUCUGAAGCGGAACAUUGAGAACCUAGAGCAGAAUGGGGUGACCUCCUUUCAGUCCAUGGUCAAUCUCGGAUCUGAAGUUUACAUGCAAGCAGACGUGCCUGAUACACGCCGCAUAUUUGUAGACAUUGGUUUGGGUUUUCAUGUAGAAUUCACUUGGUCAGAAGCACUGGAGUUCAUCUCAGUGAGGGAGGCAAGGUUGGCCAGAGAAAUAGAGGAAUAUACACACCUUAUUGCAAACAUCAAAGCGCAGAUCAAGUUGGUAUGUGAAGGCAUCCGAGAGUUACUUCAGAUACCAGCUGAAUGAUGCUAAUACCUUGUAAUAACACCCUUCUUCGCUGCUUAUUGUAAUUAUUCCUUACCUGCAUCUAUAUAUGGAGAUGUUCUAAGGGAGAUGUUGAUAGAGUUUUUCCUUAAACUUAACCAUUGCCUGGUUUCACCUUUUUCUUUUUUUUUAUUCCUUUUUGAGAGUGAGGAAGCCCAUGGGCAUAACUAUUAAACAAUUUUGUGCAAGGUGCAUUUUUGCAGUGGUAUUGUUAGAUACUAAGCAGCUACUGUUGGUUGUUGCA